GGGCUUUUCCGGAUCUAUCCUUUGCCAGAAGACCCCAGAAUUCUACCUCCACCACGUCAGUUCCAAGAGCUUCCUGCCAAUGUCUCCCAGGACUGUCUGGUUCGCGUUUAUAUUAUCCGAGCUUUUAAUCUCCAGCCAAAAGACGUCAACGGAUUGUGUGACCCCUACAUCAAGAUCAAGCUAGGGAAAGAAAGGAUGGCUGAUCGAGAAGAAUAUAUACCCAACACCCUGGAUCCUGUGUUUGGAAGAACGUAUGAACUCACAUGCACCAUCCCAUUAGAAAAGGACCUGAAGAUCUCAUUAUUUGAUUUUGACCUCUUUUCACCUGAUGACAUUGUUGGGGACACCACCAUAGACUUGGAGAACCGACUCAUGUCUCAUUAUGGGGCCAACUGUGGGCUGCCACAGACUUACUGUGUGGCUGGCCCCACACAAUGGAGAGAUCAGCUUCUUCCAAGCGAACUCUUGGAAAAUCAUAUUCAGGCCAAAAACUUGCCCCAGACGGAGAUAAGUGAAGAUGGAAGCAAAGCUGUUUUCAUGGGUAGAACUUAUCUGCUCUCUGACUUCGAGACUAAAGUACCUUCGCAUGGAUUUCUGGGACCCGCCAAAGAACGUAUGGCACUCCACCUUCUCCGGACAUGUGGUUUGGUCUCUGAACACAUAGAAACUCGCACCCUCUACGACUCAGCUCUACCUGGGAUUGACCAAGGUAAAUUGCAGAUGUGGGUGGACGUCUUCCCACUCUACUUGGGCGACCCAGGACCUCCAUUUGAUAUCACCCCACGGAAGCCCAGGAAAUACGAGCUCCGCUGCAUAAUUUGGAACACGAAAGAUGUGGAUCUAGAAGAUACCAAUAUCUUUGGAGACAAGAUGAGUGACAUCUAUGUGAAAGGGUGGCUGGAUGGCCAGGAGGAAGACAAGCAAAGAACGGAUGUCCAUUAUAGGUCUUUGGCAGGAGAAGGCAACUUCAACUGGCGGUUCAUAUUCACACUGGAU